AGGCAGAAAGCUGAGUCACAUCUAAAACCAAGAAAUAAAGAGACACACACGGACGCGCGUGAGUGAGUGAGUGUGUGUGUGUGUGUGUGUGAGUGUGUGUACAUGCCAGACAGUCUCUGACCGCCGCUCACCAUGUUGACGAUCACGCUGAAAACUCUCCAGCAGCAGACCUUCAAGAUCCAGAUCGACGAGGAGCUAACGGUACGAGCCCUUAAGGAGCAGAUUGAAGCUGAAAAGGGCAAGGAGGCGUAUCCCAUAGCUGGACAGAAGCUGAUCUAUGCAGGUAAAAUCCUGAACGAUGACGUCCCUCUGAAGGAGUACAAAAUAGAGGAGAAAAACUUUGUGGUGGUCAUGGUUACUAAGCCGAAAGCAGCUGCACCUCCACAGACCCCCGCUGCUGCUCCUGUGGUUGCUAUUCCUCUCCCCGAUCUCUCACCUCAGAUUCUCACCACACCUGCUCCGCCUCCUUCUGCCCCAGCAGCCCCAGCCCCUGCCCCUGCCCCCACAGCCACACCGACCCCAACACCUGCCUCUGUCCCUACAGCCACACCCAUCCCAACACCAGCCCCUGCCCCCAUCCCAGCACCUACACCCACAAACACACCAGCUUCGGCCCCUGUAGAAGCAGCACCAUCAGUAGAACCUCCUGCUCCGGCCACCACAGCGACCCCUGCUGCCCUGGCUGCUCAGGCAGAGCCAGCAGAGACAGUGAGUGCGAAUCUAGAGCCUGCCCCAGCGGAGCAGCCCCAACCAGCCCAGUCGCAAACAGCCCAAGCAGAGGAGCCCCGGACAGCCCAGCCGCAAGCAGUCCCGCCAGAGCCGCCUUCCAUCCCUGCCGCCGCCCUCUCAGCUGCCAGCAUGAUGGAGGAGCUGGGUCUUCUAGAGGAAGCAGCAUCGAUACUGGUGACCGGACAGGCGUAUGAGAAUUUGGUGACGGAGAUCAUGUCCAUGGGAUACGAGAGAGAGCAGGUCAUCGCCGCUUUGAGAGCAAGCUACAACAAUCCUGACCGGGCAGUGGAGUACCUCCUCAUGGGUAUUCCUGCUGAAUUAGAGCAGCCUCCACAGGAAAUAGUACGACCAACCCCAGCGGUCAACCCUGCCCCUGCCUCUGCCCCUGCCUCUUCCCCUGCCCCUGCCUCUGCCCCUGCCUCUGCCCCUGCCCCUGCACCGACUCCUGCCCCUGCCACUACGCCUGCCCCUGCUCCACAAACGGAGAGACCUCAGCCUCCAGCAGCUGCCAUGGGUGCAACGUCUGCGCCCCCACAGCCCCCCGCGUCAGGUAACCCUCUUGAGUUCCUGAGGAACCAGCCGCAGUUCCAGCAGAUGCGUCAGAUCAUCCAGCAAAACCCUGCCCUCCUACCUGCGCUGCUGCAGCAACUGGGCCGAGACAACCCCCAGCUCCUGCAGCAAAUCACGCAGCACCAGGAGCGCUUUGUACAGAUGCUGAACGAGCCGCUGGGCGGAGAAGCCGAGGCAGCUCAGGCGCACGGAGCGCCGCAGACCAGCUACAUCCAGGUCACCCAGCAGGAGAAGGAGGCCAUCGAGAGGUUAAAAGCCCUGGGGUUUCCAGAGGGACUGGUCAUCCAGGCUUAUUUCGCCUGCGAAAAGAACGAGAACCUAGCAGCCAACUUCCUCCUGCAGCAGACCUUCGACGACGAGUGAAUGUGUAAAUCAGGCUCUGGAAUCCUAGAGAGCGACAGAAUGGAAGCACUAGUUUGCGUGUAGCGUGUGUUCGUGCUGGGAGGAGAUUUUCAACGUGACCGAGAGUUUUCUGUGCUGUUUAGCAUGGAGAGAGAAAAGCCAUGAUGUGAAUUUUUCUAAUAUCAGAGAUGUUUUUUUUUCCUGUCUGUAUUAGAUUAGUUCACUCUUGGACAGAAGGCCCGUCUGUCUGCUCUGCUGCUGUUCCUGCCGAGUGUGCCGUAUGAGUUUGCAGGUUUUUAUCUCUGCUGUUUUAAUUUAUUGCAAUUAAAUCCUGCCAAAAGACUCCUCA